AUGUCUUUUGUCACUAGAGCUGCUAUUGCCAACUCAAGGUACAUCAAGCCUUCCAUAGCCCUCACCGGAAGGACUCAGUUGAGCCGAGCCUUGUUCUCGACGUCACCGUAUCACCAAAAGGGUCCUAUCGAGGCGACGAAGGAUACCCUAAAGGCAGCUGAUAGACUCGUUUCGGAUGCUGCUGUUAAGGGAAUUGAGAAAGGAGAAGCCGCAACGAACAAAAUAAAGAACACCAUGGGAUCAACGGCCAAGGAUGCGGAACGUGAAGCCCAAGAUGCAGCCAAAAAGACGAGCAGAAAAGUAUCAGAUGUAGCUGAUGAAGCGGCUAAGAAGGCCGCUGAGACGGAGCAAGAAUUCUCUGGUAAAGCAUAG